UCAGACAUUCAGUAUCAAUUUUAAAUUGUCACUCAAAAACAAACCACAACCAAACCUCCAACAAAAUGUUCAAAUUCAUCGCUGUUUGCUUCUUCGCCCUCUUGGCUUUGGCUGCUGCUAAACCCGGUGUUGUUGCUCCUUUGGCUUAUACCGCUCCCGUGGCUUACUCUGCCCCAUUGGCCUACUCCGCUCCUUUGGCUUACCACGCUGCCCCAGCUGCUGCUGUUGUUGGUAGUGCUGCCUAUGUUGCUCCCUAUGCCUCCAGCUACAAUGCUCACACCAUUGCCCACUCUGCUGCCUUCCCUGCCGCUUAUGCUGUAGCUCCCGCCGCUGUUGCUGCCCCAGUAGCCACCCCCUUCGCCGCUCCCCUUUUGUUGAAAAAGUAAAUCAGAGAAUGUGAAU